GAGAGGCUGCAUGGUGGAUUACAUGAACCGUCCUGCGAGCCUCAGGGAUCCGGUAAAAGCAGAGAUCUGACCUCCAGCACUGGAUCUGCGUUGUACUGGAUUCACACGGGAUCCGUGAUCAGCAGCUGAUCAGGAUCUGAGCAGGAGAGCCUCGCCUACGGUCAUUUUUGCCAUGAGCACAGCCUAACCACCCAGCUGCCCUCAUGUCUGAUGAUCCCCUCGCCCAGCGGAGGAUGAGCACCAGAUCAGUGCACCGACUGAACCAGGAGGCCGCCAACCUACUGGAUUCCGAUACCUCCUCGUCGGCCACGUCUCCCUCGGAAUCCCUGAGCACCAACAACUCGGCCUCGCCAAGCCUGGAGCCCAAGUUGGAGGUGAAGGAGGAACACUCGUAUACCGAGCCGCUACCUGCCUCGCUGUCCUCGAUGGUGUUACAGGCCGUCCAAGCGCAGUCCAAGGAAAGCGAAAGGUUAGCGCUGCUCAAUCAAGUCACCUACACGGGACGGAAACGGAAGGCCAACUUCUCCAAUGAGGAGACGGAGACUCUGGUGAGGGAAGUGGUCAAGCACUUUAGCGCCCUGUACGGUACAGAGGCUCUCAGAACGGAGUCCACUCGCAGGAACCAGCGGCGGAGCCAGCUGUGGACCCAGAUCCAGAAGCACGUAAAUGACCUGGGCUACACCCCGCGCACCAUCGAUGACCUGAAGCACAAGUGGCGAGAUCUGCGGCUAGAAGUGAAAAGAAAGAUCACCCAUAGAAAAUCAACCAGCAAGCCUGCCGCCGGUGUGACCUCUAUUAUAGAUACCAAGCUCAAUCCGUUAGAGGACCUGGUGGCCUCCACCAUAGGACUUCACUGCACUCUCGACGGGGAGCAGGAAGGGAUGUACAUGGAGCCAGGUAUCCCGAGACAGUCCAUCUUCUUCUCGUGCAGAGGUCCCUCCGGCAGCGUGUCUGACGUCACGGCUGAUAGACUUGGAGCUACAGCCAGUCCCCGGCCAACUGCGGAGAUCUCCCUGGUGUCUCCGUUGGUCAGUAACUCCCCUGCCCAGCUGUCUUUCAUUCACAUAUCCGAUGAUGGCGAUAACGAGGAGCAAGAGAUGGAUGUAACGCAAACCGUGACCGUUAAACCCUUCACCGAGACCUGGUCCGCUGUAGGGGAGAUCUGCACCCUGGUGACCACUCAAUCGGAUUUGGCUCCAGCACCGAAGAAGCUGAUAAUCUCCAAGCCUGAGAUACUCACAGUGAAGCGGGAGCUUGUACCAGUCCAGACUGUCCUGGAGACCGGUCGCAGUGACUCCAUCGCCUCCCGAGAAGAUCCCGUAAGUCAGCCGACCGGACAAACCGAACAGAAGGCCGACAGCAAUGGGAACGAUCCAGUUGAGACGGGAGAUACUAUAGAGCUUAAGGUUGAGGAUGAGUCGGGAAGCAGAGGAACAGAGGAGAAGUCGCCACCUCAGGAACCAGCUCAGUCCAAUUGGCAAGAGAACCAGGAUGAGUGGGAGAGGCAGUCUGGAUCCCCCCAGCCUAGUGAGAACGCGCCGGAAGACUCUCUCCGUUCCUCAUCCUCCCAAGAGGGAGAACCUUCGUCCUCCGGCGAGGCUGCCACCAACGGAGACUGUGCCUGCAUGCCGCAUGAACAGAAGGGACAAUGGAGGACUAACAUGCAUCGGCUCUUAGAGCUGGAGGAGCAGUGGGACACCAUGUACCACAAGGAGCUAGGGAUGUGGGAGGAGGAGAGGAAUCAGCAGAGGGAGCAGCGGGCGCAAGACAGAGAGCUGCAGCAGCAGCUGCUGGCGGUCCUCACGGACAUUAGAGAUGAACUGCGCCAGAUCAGGGAGGAGAGAGUUGCCGCCCGGCAGAACCAAGCAUCCUCCCCUAGCAGCCCCCGCUUGGUUGUGAGCCCCCCACCUCAAGACAAACCCUCCAGUGCAGGCUCUUCAGCGUCCAAGACCCCCAAGUUGGCGCCGCUGGGCUCCCCCGUAAGUGGGGCGGUAAGGCGGAGGGGUCGCCCUCGUAUCAAUAGACCUACAUCGUCAAGCAACCAGAGCUGAGCUUUGUGACUGAACCUCCUCCCCACCGCCAAAUGGGUCAACGACGUCUCUGCCGCAGCGGUAGCCCACACUGGAAGCGUU